AUGUCUGAAGCUGCUGCCACCGCAGUCUUCGGCACCGCCGAGCUACUUGAGGCGAUACUCCUCAACACCAGCAACAAGACACUGGUCGUCUCACAGCAUACCUGCAAGACCUUCAAAGCGAGCGUGGACAGUUCCGCCAAACUCCAGCGCAAGCUCUUCUUGCGUCAUGAGGUGGCAGGACCUGGCGAAGCGCGGCCUACACUGAUUGAGUACGCCGGCCUCAUCAACCCUCUCAUGCUCAGAGGUUCGAAACGGUCACCAAGCCUACGAGAUCCCCGCGGUCCUAAUUUUCAAAUCGUUCUGCACAAAGUCGCCAUGGGGGGAUUGAGGGUUCGACCCGUCGAGUAUGCAAUGACACUCGCUGUCAAGAUCAGUUUCACCACUGGCAAAGUCGAACCAGCGAUCGCGGACGGAGGGAGCUGGCGGAGGAUGUAUAUCGGCCGACAAGGAGUCUUGGCGUCGACAUUCACAGUCCUGAUAGACGGAGAGGAAAUAGUAUGGUUCACUAUCAAUCGCAGGGCAAAGAAGCUACAGCAACGAAAGGAGGGCAUUACGCUGGGAGAGAUCUUUGAGAUGGCGCUCGUGCAUGCUCAGACGCUAGUGGGCUUCGAGAAGGUCUCCGGCCAAGACGGGGUUGAGCGAUGGACGGCUGUCUCGAGGAAGAGUGCGUGGCCGAGGCAACUGGAGGAGGAUACGCGUGAAGCUUGUCUCAUGUAA